UCUACUUACACAAUUUAUAUCUAUUUAUUUACUUUCCAUAUUUUAAUGCUUACUAAAUUAUUAUAUAAUAUACUUAGGUACUAUUUUUUAACGACUCCAAAAAACUAUACGUCCAUCAUUUUAGUUCUGGAUUCUCCUAUUUUUCUUGGUCUAGGAUUGUCAACCACAAAAAUAUGCCUUGAUGUUAACAUUCUUGAACGAAGACCGAAUAAAUCAAAUCGGAAUAUACAUGAAGAAAUUAAUAAUAAUACAGCUAAUCCGAAGCUAAUAAUGGAAAAACUUGAUACCAUAGUAAAUUAAAGAUACAAAUGUCAAAGAAUGAUGUCAAACAUAGGGCAUAGAAUAACAACCUACCUUAGGUUAUUAUGUGCAUAGAAGUUACUAUUUGAGUACAAGCGGUGUAACCUGCUCCAUAUUGUUACCAUCCUAAUGUCAUAUGUGACAUUUACUUAUAACUUUUGUGGUACGUGUUUUAUUUUUCGGUAUUAAUUGAAUUCGUUUCAUUUUUACGUAGUGCUAGUUGAAAGACCUUUAGGACAUAAUGGUAUCUUGUGUUUUACGAGAUUGUACACGCGUAGAUAGUGUAGAAAUCAAAAAAUUAUAGGGAAUUACUAUGAAGACAAAACUCGAAAAAGACAAUAAAAAAACAAAUAUGCAAUACGUAGUCCAUCACUCUUGUGUGUAUUCAGACCUCUCCAAACAAAACCAAGAAGAUCCUUGGACGUCUCCUAGAGAUUAUAUUUCGGCAGAUGCGAGUCUGAAUUUUUCAAAGGACACCAACACCAAUAAAAGGCCGCUGAGAGAAAAAAAUCCAAAAAAUAUCUACAAACACGUGCCCCAUAAAGAAAAGGCUCCACAAGUGGUGGCUAGACGGAACGCUCGAGAAAGGAAAAGAGUCCAAGCUGUCAACAUGGCUUUUGUGAGAUUGAGAAAGGCCAUUCCCUAUCAAAAUUCGAGAGGAAAGAGAAUAAGUAAGGUGAAAACACUGCACAGUGCGAUAAGAUAUAUACAGGAACUGGAAAUAAUUUUACAAAAUACCGAAUUGUAUAAGGCGUACUGCAAAAGUGAAAAAUAUUUGAACUUUGUGUUCGCAGAAGAUGAUUUCUAUGAUACUAUGGAAUGAGAAAUAAACAUCAAUUUUUUUACUUUUAUUUUAUAAGAAAUAAUGCCAUACGUACCACAAAAUUAUAUUGUAGUUAGUAUUAGAUCUUAUUUGUCUUAAAUCUUAAAUCUAGUCAUUAAACAUAAAAUGUAUUCUAGUCAAUAUACAAAAAGAAAUAUUUUUUAAUUUGUAAAUUGUUCUUAUUUUAAAUUUUCGUCCAG